AAUAUAUACAGAAAUAGAGUUUCAUACCAGUCUGCUGCAAUAGUGGUAUCAGAGCCCACCUCCAACGAGACCUCUGACCUCUUUACUUCCCAACCAUGGACUCUGACAGCAGAUUUGAGCUCCUCGGUUAUUUGGAUGGUUCUCAUCCAUCCCCUGUUGCCACAGAACCAAGCUACAGUCUGUGGGCACGCCAAGAUCAGUUAAUUCGCCAUGCACUGAUUACUUUAGUAUCCGAGAGCAUUACACCAUACAUAGCCGCUGUAGCUACGGCACAACAGGCAUGGGAAACAUUAGCGAGACUCUAUGCAAAUCGAUCUCGCACCCGUGUCAUCACCCUUAAGGAGCACCUACAGAACAUGUGUUGUGAUGGUCGCUCGGUGUCUGAAUAUCUCCGAGCGCUUAAGUCUAUGGCAGAUGAAUUAGGGACAAUAGAUCGGCCUCUCACUGAUGAUGAUCUUACAGUCUACAUAUUGAAUGGACUGGGACCAGAAUUCCGAGAGAUAGCAGCCUCUCUUCGUACUCGUGAUUCAUCCCUCUCCUUUGAUGAUCUGCACGAUCGACUGGUGGCUCAUGAGGAAAGCCUUAGGUUGAUCUUUUUCCACCCGCCUCAAACAAUUGUUACUCACCUUCAACUUCUUCACAGAAUCGUAGAGGUGGAAACUCAUAUCAGCAGAGGCCCAACAACAGAAGGUGCGAAUCUGAACCCCCAGGCCAACUUUGCUUCUUCUGCUGCAACAACUGCUGAUGAUUGGCUCUUAGACUCAGGAGCAACUAAUCAUGUAACCACUGAUUUGGCAAACCUUGCACUCCACUCUAAGUAUCAUGGUCCUGAUGAACUCCAAAUUGGUGAUGGAACAGGUAAGAGUGUUGAGCCUCCUCCAUUGUUCCCUUGUGUACUGAUUCACUCUCACCGCCCCUCUAAGUUCCAUAAUGUCCAACAAAGCCAUGAGCAACCUCCAACUUCUAUUUACCCAUUAUCUACCCCUGUACCCACUAGCACACCCUCUCCACUUCCUUCCCUUACUUCACCAUCCUCUCCCAUUAAGACCAAUUCCGUUCACCAAUCCCCUGCCCCAUCCGAUUCCCACUCCUCCCCUCUUAGGUCCCCACCACCGCAACCUCUUCGGACUCACCCAAUGGUCACUCGUUCCCAAAACAAUAUUUUCAAACCUAAGACACUCUUCCAUGCAACCAAAUCUCCAUUGUCCCUCCUUGUUGAACCCACUUGUGUCACACAAGCUCUUAAGGAUCCCAAUUGGAGACAAGCUAUGUCUGAGGAGUUUAGUGCAUUGGUUCGCCAAGGAAUGUGGGAACUGGUUCCUUCACACCCAUCUCAACAUGUUCUUGGUUGCAAAUGGGUCUUUCGCUUGAAAAGAGGCAAAGAUGGGUCCAUUGAGCGCUCUAAGGCGCGUCUUGUUGCGAAGGGCUUUCAUCAACGACCAGGUUCUAAUUACUUUAAUACUUUCAGUCUUGUUAUUAAGCCUACCACAAUUCGUACUGUUUUAUCUCUUGCAGUGAGUAGGGGGUGGUCUAUUAAGCAAUUAGAUGUUAAUAAUGCUUUCCUUCAUGGACACAUUGAUGAGGUAUUAUACAUGCAGCAACCGACAGGCUUUGUGGAUCACAAUUUUCCUUCACAUGUUUGUAGGCUACGAAAAUCUUUGUAUGGCCUUAAGCAGGCCCCUAGGGCCUGGUUUCGAGCUCUUAAGGACUUCUUUUUGGCUCAAGGCUUCUUUCACUCUAAGUCUGACAAUUCCUUAUUUAUCUAUCAUAAAGGCUCCACUUGGAUCUAUUUUUUGGUCUAUGUCGACGAUAUCAUUGUUACUGGGAAUGAUUCUGCUGCAGUUCAAUCCAUUGUGCAAGUCAUGAGUGCCACUUUCUCCCUCAAAGAUCUUGGUCCCUUGAGUUUUUAUCUCGGCAUAGAGGCAAUCUCUACUAAGGAUGGGCUUUUUCUCUCUCAACAGAGUCCUUUGGCUUCUACCUCUGUUCUGCAACUAUCCACUAGCACUCCUCUCUCUGAUGGCACCAAUUAUAGGAAAAUUGUUGGCUCUCUUCAAUACCUAUCUCUUACGCGACCUGAUCUAUCCUUUGCUGUUAGUCGCUUGUCUCAAUUUAUGCAUCGUCCUACUGAUUCUCAUUGGCAAGCUAUGAAACGCGUUCUCCGUUAUCUUCGCGGUUCUGUCUCUCACGGCUUACUUUUGCGACCCCAGCCAACAUUGUCACUCUAUGCAUUUUCUGAUGCUGAUUGGGCUGGAGAUCGGGAUACUUAUACCUCAACCACUGGCUAUCUUGUAUUUCUUGGUAGCAAUCCUGUGUCCUGGCGCGCUGCUAAGCAACGAGCAGUUGCUCGGAGCUCUACUGAGGCUGAGUAUCGAGCUUUAGCUACUGCUGCCUCUGAAGUUGUUUGGAUUCAGCAUUUGCUUUCUGAAUUGGGUGUCUCAUCAUCUGUUCCUCCUGCCAUUUUUUGUGACAACAUUGGUGCCACCUAUCUUAGCAGUAAUCCUGUUUUUCAUUCUCGGAUGAAGCACAUUGCCAUUAAUCUUCAUUUCGUGCGUGAACUAGUUGAUCGGAAGGUUCUACAUGUUUCACACAUUUCUUCUCAUGAUCAAUUGGCUGAUGUUCUUACCAAGGCCCUUCCCUCUCUACGGUUUCAUUCUUUGAGGUCCAAGAUCGGUGUUGCCGAUGGCACCUCCGUCUUGCGGGGGCAUAUUGAGGCUACUGAAUCUGUUGCAGUAAAGUAGGAAACUGAAUCUGCUGUAGUAAAGUAAUUACCUAGGAUUGUAUAUUUCUAAUUAAUGUGUAUCUUAGAUCUUAUUCUAGUCUUAUUAGAAUUCCUGUAUACAGUAGGACAAUCUUGUAUAUAAACACAUCUUGUAUGGCUGAAUAAUACAUACAGAAAUAGAGUUUCAUACCAGUCUGCUGCAAUAUAGCCAACUAGGUGUA